AUGAUAGUGCAAAAGGAUAAUCCUCAUUUCAAUGUCUUCACUCUCGCUUUGGCCUCCGGUGAUCUCUGGACCGGUGGAAUGGAAACGACCGUGACGACAUUGCGAUGGGGUCUAGUCCAUCUGCUCUAUCAUCCAAGUGUGCAGAAAAAGUGCUAUGAAGAAAUUCAGAGGGUGUUUGGAGACGAACAGCCAUGUUAUUCUCGCCGUAAGCAGCUCCCGUAUGUUGAAGCUACUCUGGCCGAGCUACAGCGCAUAACUAAUGUCCUUCCAUGGGCUAUACCUCAUCGAACUAUGGAAGAUGUUGAUAUCAUGGGAUUCCACCUUCCCAAGGGUACCAUAGUUUUGCCACAAUAUGGAACCGUGCACUGCGACACUCAUUACUAUCCUGAACCGGAGAAGUUCAGGCCGGAAAGGUAACG